AUGAGAGGGGCGAGUCUAAAAAGAAGGAAAAGCCGAGCCCGAAGGCGUCGUUCCAAAUCCAAGUCCAGCAGUCCCCAGGAGCAGGCUAUACACGAACGCUUUGGCUACUUGACAGGACUAAUCUCCAAGGAAGAUCUGCAAGAAAUCAUAGAUAACGAAACGAGGCGUCGAGAGCAACGACAACUACUCGAACUCGUCUCACGUUCUGAUUUGCAAGGCAUUUUGGAUAGAGAGCGAAAUCGCAGAAGUAGUGAAUACGAAGAUAUCCCUAUCGAAAAGAAAACUAAGAAGAAGAGACAGUCGAGUCGUGUGUCAGCGAGGGCAUUCAAUUCACCAAAGAGAAAACACAUAUGUGAAGAAGAAAAACCAACAAUGAGAGAAAAUGUGCCCAAGCUGAUGCCGAACGUAUUUUCGUCAAGCAAAAGGAAGCACAAAACGAGAAAGAAGGACGAAGAUGAGAUGCUCUCAAAAAUGGAGUCGCAAGAGUCUUCAGUGACAGGUGUUGGUAGAACUUUCGAAAACCGUUCAGUUACCUCUUCUAUGGGAUGGUUUGCAUUGGUAUGA